AAUCGCCGGUCAAUCCUUCGUCUUCACAGAUCAAACCUCAACGUAUCUCUUAAUCCCUAAACCCCAUUUUUCUUUUUCUUGCUUCUUCUCGAUUUUUAACUGAAACAAUUGGAUUGGAUUAUUUGUCUCUCCCCUUUUUCUUUUUCCAAUUCAAAUCUUUCUGGACGAGGCAGAGGCAGUGGAGAAGCCGCUGAUCACCAACAAUCUCUCGUGGGACUUUGGCGUUUGUUUGUCUUUUUCGGAUUCAUCAAUCUUCUGCUUUCUUGCGAACAAGAUUUGGUGUAACCGGAGAAGAAAUGGGGUCAGAACAUGGGAAUGAAGAUAAUAAGCGUUCAGUAACCCUUUCAGAGUCUUCUCAUUACGAGGGCGAUACAAUUGUGAAGGUGAAACCGUCGAGUUCCUCGUCUUCUUCAUAAGCUUCAUCUUUUGAUCCUUUAAUCGACUUAGAUAAUGAUGAACAUGGUCCUGUUGAUAUUUCCAUUUCAAAGUCUGAACAAGAUGGUCUUAGUUCACCAAGCCCGGUAGUCCUCACAUUGCUUGAAGGUUCUUCUCAGACUCCAGAGAGGACACGGUUAGUGCAUCUUCAAUUCAAUCCCCUUCUGCAGAAACCAUGGGGACAUCUAUCCCUGGCCAUGACCUGAAUAGGAUUCCGUCAUCCAUUUUUUCGAGUAAACCUUCCUGUUCCACUCCUAUAGAAUGGAGCGUUGCUUCUAAUGAAUCAUUGUUUAGUAUUCACAUGGGAAACAAUAGUUUCUCUAGAGAUCAAGCUGUUCUGCCUGGUAAAUCUGGAGAACUAACCAAGCCUGACAAGUCCAGCUACGCGAAAUCCAGGCAGCAUACUGAAACUAAGCCGGUCGAUUUGAACAAUACUCCACUUUGCCUGCCCACUGUAAUUGAAGGUGCAGUUGGAAUUUACAGAAAGAGUGGUAGUAUGGGAGAAAAGGUUGUUUUGAAGGAAACAACAGAAGAUCAUAUCAAAGAAAGCAUGCCUCUGGCCCAUGGUCCAGGCACACCAUCUACCACUUCUCGUCUUUCUGACGGGAGUGGUAACAGCGCCAAGUCUUUUGCAUUCCCAGUAUUGGCAUGUGAAGCUGAAAAAUGUGCCUCAGAGCAGGUGUGUCCUGAAACUUUGCCCUCAAACACCCCAGAGAAACCACAGUUGCAACGACAAGCCCAACUGGAGACCCCAUAUUCUUCUUUAACAAGAUGGUUUUCUUGCUUCAGUACUUGUUGCUUUUUUUCUGCGAAAUGAGUUCAAUUAGAACGAGAAGUUCCAGAAUCUAUAACAGAUCAUAAUUAUUUGUCUCUAUUUUGUGUCACCUGGUUUCCUUUGCCUGUCUGGUUGAGCAAUCGGUUUUAAAUAUGAAGGAAAUGACACUUGCACGUAACUGUAUAUC